AUGAGGAAAAGAAAAAUUAUGAAUCCCGAUGACGAUUAUUAUUCUGUGAAAAUUCCUAAAUUUAUAAAUGUAUGCCCUAAUAUAAGACACAUCAGUCCAAGGGAAAGGGAGAUAUUCACAGAUGUGAUUGGGCAUGCAGAUUCAUCCUUGGACAAUGAGAGUGAAUCGAUAGACAUACAAAUGAAUAAAACGUCUAACCAUUUGGCAAAAGGAGAAAAAUCCAUUAUCUCGUGGUGUUUUGAUGAAGAUACAUACAAGAAGAUAAAAAAUGCAAAGAAUGGCACAUGUGAUGAGGACCCACCGAAUGAUAAUCUAAUGGAUAUUCUUAACAAAACAGUUGUAAAGGAAUGGAUGAAAGAAAAGUGUAUAAAAGGAGAAUCUCGGAAUGAAGAGGAAGCAACGGGUAGAAAGGAAACAAUACUUGUAGAUCAUACGGACGAUAGCGAUAUGUCAUAUUUGACAGAUGAUGAUUUAUCAGAUUUUGCAAAUGUGGAAGAAUUUUACGAGUGUUAUCAAGUGACGAAAAAUUGUCAUGAUAUGAUGAGCGCGCCGAAUAUGGAUCCAAAUGAUAAGGUGAACAUUCUGUGUAAUAAUAUGAAAUAUAUGGAUACAAAUUCCUUUAUUGCUGAAUAUGAAGAUGGGAAAUUAAUUUUUUUUAUAAAUGAAAAACCAUAUAUUUUGGAACAUGACAAAGAGACCAAUUAUCUCAUUGAAAGUACAGAAAUGAAUAUGAUGCCUAUUCAUUGCAAGUUGGAAAAAAAGUUUUUUAUUAAGUCGAUCACACGGGAUGAGCAAAAUAUUUCUCCCCCAAAAAAUUUGAAAUUGAAAAAUACCGACAUAUAUUAUUCUCUUUACCCUGUUAAGAAGUGA